GUCAGUUUAGGAAGUGCUUUUGUUUUUGUUUAGCGUGUUUGUGUUUAGUGUACCGUAUAUUCAUUAUAAAAUAAAACAUGCCUUUGAUUGUGAUCACUGGAAUCCCGUGUAGUGGAAAAACGACAAGGACUUUAGAAUUAAAACAAUAUUUCGAGAGUAGGCAAAAAAAAGUGGAAGUUAUUAGUGAGCUUGAAACAAUUGAAAAAGCUGGAUAUGACAAAAACACAUAUUUCGAAGAUUCGAAAAAGGAGAAAGGUGUUCGAGCAGAUAUAAAAUCGAAUACUCAGAGGCUUUUGAAUACUCGAGACGUGUUGAUCGUUGAUGGCAGUAAUUACAUAAAAGGAUGCCGAUACGAAAUUUAUUGCAUGAGCAAACUUUAUCAGACACCUCAAUGUACACUACAAUGCGACUUACCCGCCGAACAUGCCUGGCUUUGGAAUGAACAAAGACCAGAGUUUGAACAAUAUUCCAGAGAAAUAUUUGAUGCUCUUGUCAUGAGGUAUGAGGCCCCGGACAGCAGAAAUCGUUGGGAUUCUCCAUUGUUUGCAGUUUUGCCUGAAGAUGAAUUAAGAUUUGAAGAAAUGUACAACGCUCUUUUCAAAGUCAAAGCACCGAAGCCAAAUAUGAGCACGCAAUGUCCUGAUUUAGCAGCAACAAAUUAUUUAUAUGAUAUGGAUAAAACAACGCAAGAAAUAGUAAACGAAAUAUUGUCGGCCAAGCAAAUGGGUAUCGAAAACGAUGUCAAAAUACCAAAGUACGGAUUAACGCUCGAAACAUCAGGAAAUGUGUCGCAACUGACGAGGUUAAGGAGACAAUUUUUGACCUACAGUAAAAUGCAGCAGAUCGAUCCAGCUAAAAUACCUUCAUUAUUUAUACAGUAUCUUAAUAAAAGUUUAUAAUAUCUA